UUUUGUGGUCGAAACCAUGAUUGCCAGGAGCAAAUUUUUGUCGUGCACGGUGUGUUAUUAAAGUCGGAGCUACGCUGCUAGUGAAUGAAAAGUUAAAAACCCUCAUUAAGGCUAGGCUGUAAAACAGGCCGAGAGGCCAAGACGACCCUAACACCCUAACGGCGCAGCCCCUGCUGCUCGGCCAGCUGCCCUCGCCCCGAGAUGGCCCUGUGGGUUCCUGGAGCCAGGAGGGUCUUCAGGGGUCCACAUGGAGGAAGAGGGGAAGGAAGGGCCGCAGGGCUGAAACACAAAUAGUAUACUCGAAGUUGUCUUCGGCGAAAGCAAAAACAACAGCCAAGCCUUUAUUGAGCGUUGACUUCACAGCGGACACAGUGUUCACCGCUUGAUAAAUACAUCACCCCCUUUACGCCUCCCGGCAAUCCAAUGAGGGAUGGGAGUAUAAACAGAAUUUUGCGUAAGAAGAGACUUCAGCUUGCCCCAGGCUUCCCAAGAUCUCAUCUUAACUGAGGGGGCGGAAGGAUGCCCCACACCAAUGUGCCACCCUGCUUUCUACCAGCACAGAUGUUGAAAAAAGAGGAGAUAUGCCAGACUGUUUUCGGUGCUUUUGUCUGAGCAGAGGAAUGCAGUUUCAGAUCUGUGCGGCUACUAAAGAACGACCCAGUUAACUUCCAGAAGUUCCCCUACACUAAUGAGGAUGAGGCCUGGAAGACCUACCUGGAAAACCCCUUGACAGCCGCCACGAAGGCCAUGAUGAGAGUCAACGGAGAUGAUGACGGCGUUGCGGCCCUGAGCUUCCUCUACGAUUACUACAUGGGCCCCAAGGAGAAGCGGAUACUGUCCUCUAGCACUGGGGGCCGGAACGACCAAGGAAAGAGGUACUACCAUGGCAUGGAAUAUGAGACGGACCUCGCCCCCCUUGAAAGUCCCACACACCUCAUGAAAUUCUUGACAGAGAGCGUGUCUGGAACCCCAGAGUACCCAGAUGUGCUCAAGAAGAAUAACCUAAUGAGCUUGGAGGGGGUUGUGCCCACCCCAGGCAAGGCAGCCCUCCUCCCGCCAGGCCCCAGCAAGCUGGAAGCUGGCUCUGUGGACAGCUAUCUGCUUCCCACCAAUGAUGUGUAUGAUAACGGCUCCCUCAACUCCUUGUUUGAGAGCAUUCAUGCAGUGCCUCCCACACAGCGCUGGCAGCCUGACAGCACCUUCAAAGAUGACCCACAGGAGUCACUGCUCUUCCCAGAUAUCCUGAAAACGUCCCCAGAACCCACGUGUCCAGAGGACUAUCUGAGCCCCAAAAGUGACUUUGAGUACACUCUGGGCUCCCCCAAAGCCAUCCACAUCAAAUCGGGCGAGUCGCCCAUGGCUUACCUCAACAAGGGCCAGUUCUACCCUGUCACCCUGCGGACCCCAGCAGGUGGCAAAGGCCUUGCCUUGUCCUCCAACAAAGUCAAGAGUGUGGUGAUGGUUGUCUUCGACAAUGAGAAGGUCCCAGUGGAGCAGCUGCGGUUCUGGAAGCACUGGCAUUCCCGGCAACCCACUGCCAAGCAGCGGGUGAUCGACGUGGCUGACUGCAAAGAAAACUUCAACACUGUGCAACACAUUGAAGAGGUGGCCUAUAACGCAUUGUCCUUUGUGUGGAAUGUCAAUGAGGAGGCCAAGGUGUUCAUCGGCAUCAACUGCCUCAGUACAGACUUCUCCUCGCAGAAGGGGGUGAAGGGUGUCCCCCUGAACCUGCAGAUUGACACCUAUGACUGUGGCUCAGGCACUGAGCGCCUGGUACACCGUGCUGUCUGCCAGAUCAAGAUCUUUUGUGACAAGGGAGCAGAAAGGAAGAUGCGGGAUGACGAGCGGAAGCAGUUUCGGAGGAAGGUCAAGUGCCCCGACUCCAGCACCAGUGGCAUCAAGGGCUCCCUGCUAUCCGGCUUUAGGGGCAAUGAGACCACCUACCUGCGGCCUGAGACAGACCUGGAGACCCCACCGGUGCUGUUCAUCCCCAAUGUGCACUUCUCCAGCCUGCAGCGCCCUGGAGGGGCAGUGCUCUCAGCAGGACACAGCAGCUCCAACAGGCUGCCUCUGAAGCGCACCUGCUCGCCCUUCACGGAGGAGUUUGAGCCUCUGCCCUCCAAACAGGCCAAGGAAGAUGAUCUGCAGAGAGUUUUGUUGUACGUGCGGCGGGAGACUGAGGAGGUGUUUGACGCCCUCAUGUUGAAGACCCCGGACCUGAAGGGGCUGAGGAAUGCGAUCUCUGAGAAGUAUGGGUUCCCGGAAGAGAACAUUUACAAAGUCUAUAAGAAAUGCAAGCGGGGAAUCUUGGUCAACAUGGACAACAACAUCAUCCAGCAUUACAGCAACCAUGUCGCCUUCCUGCUGGACGUGGGGGAGCUGGACGGCAAGGUUCAGAUCAUCCUCCAGGAGCUGUAGAGCCUGAGCACUGACACCCUCAGUCCUCUUGAAGUAGGCACCAGCCAGGAGCCAGCUGGGAAGGGGCCCCACGCCACACACAACCUCUCCUCAUGCCUCAGUGCUGUUACUUGAAUGCCUUCCCUGAAGGAAGAGGCCCUCGAGUCACAAACCCUGACAUCAAGGCCAGGAAGGGGCCUGGGAGGUGUCCUGAUCUGAACCCCCAUUAUGCUUGAAUCUACUCUCUAAACUUCCUGCCAGAGCCUGCCCAUCCAGAGACAGUGCCAUCUUGGUUAACAUGCCCAACAGACCAUUUCCGCCUCAAGUGACCCUUCUCUGCAGCCGAUCUCCUGCAGGCAGCCGGUCCAGGAGGGGGAAGUGGACCUGCGUCCCCAGGUGGACUUGACUCUUCACCCUAUUCUUGAUGCUUCCAUCCACUUCAGACCAAGGAUUUCUCACCCUUUGGUCAGUUAGUUAACUUGAAAACUCUUGAUUUUCAGUGCAAAUGACUUUUAAAAGACAGUCAUGGAGACACUCUCCUCACAGACUUCCCCAGUGCAGGAUGGGAAUCAGAGCGAUCGACGGGAACAAAGUGGCCUCUGUGUGAAAAGACUACCACGCCUGCUCACUGUUACAUACAUUUCUUAUUUACAAUUUUCAUUUAUGUUAUAUAUAUAUAAGUAUAUAUUGUAUAUAUAUAUGCAACAUUUUAUAUUUUUCAUGGAUACAUUUUUAUCAUUUCAAAAAAUGUGUAUUUCACAUUUCUUGGACUUUUUUUAGCUGUUAUUCAGUUAUACAUUUUGUAUACUCAUAUGGUAUUUAGUAAUAAAUUCUACUUAUGGAUUGCUUCAAAU